AUGUCACGAGAAGAGCUCAUUGUUCUGCGAAAGACUCUCACUGAGCUACUCGACAAGGGUUUCAUUCGAGCAAGUAGUUCUCCAGCGUCAGCACCAGUUUUGUUCAAAGACCGAUAUCCCUUGCCGUUGAUCGAGGAAACUUUGCGGUCGCUGUCCAAGGCCAAGUGGCUCACCAAACUUGACGUUAUCGCAGCAUUUCACAAGAUUCGCGUCGAGGAGGAGACGAGUGGAAGACAGCAUUCAGAACACCGUUACAUAAACCACACGUUGCGAGAUUUCCUCGACGAGUUCUGUUCCGCUUACAUUGACGACAUCUUGAUCUACUCGAGCGAUGCAGGCCUGCAGAUUGAUAUCGACAAGUGUGACUUUGAGGCAAAGAGUGUCAAGUACCUGGGCUUCAUCGUCGAAGCCGGGAAAGGUAUCCGCGUGGACCCGGAGAAGGUGCAGGCAAUUCAGCAGUGGCAGCGACCCCGUUCUGUCAAAGGCGUCAGAAGCUUUCUGGGGUUUGCCAACUAUUACCGGCAAUUCAUUCCCAGAUUCUCCAACAUCGCCGCGCCUCUAACGGCGUUAACAAAGAAGGAUGCGGUGUUUGCGUGGUCGAAGGAGUGCGACAAGGCCUUCGAGGAGUUGAAGGCUCUUCUGACCAGUGCGCCGGUCCUUGCGCAAUGGGAUCCGGAUAGAGAGACGAUUGUGGAGACGGAUUCAUCCGAAAACGCACCGGCGGAGUGCAACUACCCAAUCCACGAUAAAGAGCUGCUGGCGAUCAUUCGCUGCCUUGAGCAUUGGGACGCCGAAUUGAGGAGUGUGAAGUCCUUUACCGUUUUGACGGAUCAUCUCAACCUCCGUUACUUCACCAAGAAGCAGCAACUGAGUGAACGUCAGGCGCGAUGGGCUGAGACGCUAUCGCGGUACAGCUUCACCAUCAAGCAUCGACCGGGCAAAGAAGCCGUCGUACCGGACACGCUGUCUCGACGAGAACAGGACAUGCCGCACAGCGCCGAAGAUGAUCGGUUGCAAGGACGACGUGUUCAGCUGCUGCAACGUAACAAGGGUGGCCUGGUGACAAAAGUCAAGAGCGGUUAUGUCACCAAGGGCGACACGGAUCAACCCGAUGACGCAACAACUGACCAAGACGACUCAAUCGAAAACCCUUUCUCGGACCCGGAACUGCAGAAGUUAUGGGACGAAGGUGUCAAGAAGCACAAUCGUUAUUGGCUCAUCCGAAAGGCCCGAAUUUGGGUGCCGAACCACGAACCCCUGCGACACCCCGGACGGGACAUGCUGAAGUCCUUGUUGAGCCGCAAGUUUUAUUGGCCAGGCCUCGAUUCAGACCCGCUACCUAUUCCAGACAGGAUCUGGUCGGAGCUGUCAAUUGACUUUGUGACAGACCUGCCACCAACCAAGUCGAACGGUUCGACCAACCUUAUGGUCGUGACGGACAGACUGUCCAAAAGUGUCGUUCUUGAGUCAUUGAAGGACAUCACGGCCGAGACGACGGCCAGAGCAUUGCUACGGAACGUGGUGCAACACCAUGGCGUGCCGCGCGCGAUCGAUAACUGGGAAGAGCUGUUGCCAGCGGCCAUGAUGGCCAUCAACAAUCACAACUCGACGUCGACAGGCCUGAGCCCGUUCUUUAUCACGCAUGGGUAUCAUGUUGACCCGAUACAAGUCAAGGAGAAGUUACGGACGGACGGAAGGUCCCCAGUGACCAGGGCUGAAAGCAUUGUGCAACGAUUUCGAGAGGCAACGGAAUGGGCCCAGGCGGCAAUUGCGUCAGCGCAAGAGCAGCAAGAGAAGAACGCCAAUUCGCGAAGACAGCCGUCAGACCAGUUCAAGCCUGGAGACAAGGUAUGGCUGCGACUUCGCAACAUCCGAUCCAAUCGGCCAUCCAAGAAGCUCGAUUGGCUGUCGGCCAAGUACACCGUCCUGGAGACCAUUGGGUCACACGCGUGCAGGCUGGACACGCCUCCGGGAAUACACAACGUGUUCCACACGUCGGAUGACUACCGCCCACCGGCCAUUUUGACGGACGAUGGCGAGCUGUGGGAAGUGGAAGAGAUUCUGGACAGGAAGAAAGUCGGGAGAGAGUGGAAAGUGUUGGUGAAAUGGCACUGGCUAGGUAUGAAGAAGUUCAUGGGAAAGUUGGAUCGAAACCACCCCAAUCGAAACGAUCGAAACGGGGAGGAAGGAGGGGUUAUUGUAACGGGCUGA